UGGAGACUAUUCCAGGGGAUUCCUUUCGGAGGCUUGUAAACAGAGGCUUCGUUUCAGCGUUCGGGUCUCGACCUUCUCUUUCCCAUUUCCUCUUCGGGUUUUCUUUUCACUGCGGGUCUCCCAUUCCCACCUCUCAAAAACCGAUACUCUCAAUUUCCGGCGCGUAUUGAUUCGGGUCUGAGCUUUGAUAAGUUUCUAUAAGGUGCCGAAGAUGAUCAUUAACGUAAGGGAGUCGACUAUCGUGCGCCCGGCGCAGGAUACUCCAAAGCGCAGCCUAUGGAAUUCUAACGUGGACCUGGUGGUGUCGAGAAUGCAUACGCCGAGUGUGUAUUUCUACCGUCCGAAUGGAUCGUCCAAUUUCUUUGAUACGCACGUGCUCAAGGAGGCCCUCAGCAAGGCCCUGGUCCCAUUCUAUCCAAUGGCUGGGAGGCUCGGCAGAGACGUGGACGGUCGGAUCCAGAUAGAUUGCAACGGUGAAGGUGUCCUGUUCGUCGAGGCGGACACUGGCGCUGUGAUCGACGACUUUGGGGAUUUCACACCCACCAUGGAACUCAAGAAGCUCAUCCCCACCAUUGAUUACUCUGGGGACAGCUCUUCCUACCCCCUUUUGGUGCUACAGGUAACAUAUUUCAAAUGUGGGGGCGUAGCACUUGGUGUGGGCAUGGAGCACCACGCAGCAGAUGGCUGCUCGGGCCUACAUUUCAUCAACCACUGGUCUGAUGUGGCCCGUGGGCUCGAUCUCACUAUCCCUCCCUUCAUGGACCGAACCCUCUUGUGGGCCCGGGACCCACCAACUCCAUGUUUCAAGCACAUUGAAUAUGAGCCAUCUCCUCCUUCAAAGGCCCCACCCCAGUCCCAAAAAUCCAGCCCCACGAUCGCAGCCUUCAAAUUCUCACGUGAUCAGCUCAACCUCCUCAAGGCCAAAUGCAGAGAUGGGCCACACUGCAAUGUCAGCUACAGCUCAUACGAUUCGUUGGCGGGCCAUGUGUGGCGAUGCGUAUCGAAGGCCCGUGACCUGCCCGAAGACCAACAGACUAAGUUGUUUAUUGCAGUAGACGGCCGGACCCGCCUACACCCACCACUCCCGCCGGGCUUCUUUGGGAAUGCCAUUUUCACGACGACACCGGUUGCAAAUGCUGGAGACCUUGUAGUGGGCCCACUUGCGUAUGCGGCGGGGAAAAUUCACGACACAGUGGCACGGGCUGAUGAUGAGUACCUGAGGUCCGCAUUGGACUACUUGGAAUUACAUCCAGACCUGAAUGCAUUAGUACGUGGGCCCCACACUUUCGGGUGCCCGAAUCUCGGGAUCACAAGCUGGGCCAGGCUACCGAUAUACGGUGCGGAUUUUGGGUGGGGCCGGCCCAUAUUCAUGGGGCCCGGUGGGGUUGCCUAUGAGGGCCUUGCUUAUGUCCUUCCCAGCCCAACCAGUGAUGGGAGCUUGACUGUGGCCAUUUCGCUGUACGCAGACCACAUGGCCUACUUCCGUGAGCUGAUCUACGACUUCUGAUCUACUGCUAGUGCUCGUGACUCAUCUCCACCACAAUCAAGCAUGUACAAGGAUCCAGACCGUCCAGAUCAUGAGCUCUAUUGUGGAUGGGUACAGUCCAAGAUCACACUGGUUGGACCAAGUUAGCCAUAGAUAUUGUUUGAAUUUGGACAGUACAUUGUUUCUUAACCGUCCAUGUCGUUGGCCACCAAUUGGAUGGUUUGGAUGGCGGUGCCAUUGGGUGGUUUUAGGGCAGUGCCCCAUCCACAGCGAUCUGGAUGGCUUGGAUUGCAGUUAAUGUUUCAGCUUAAGGUUAUUUGUUUUUCUUCUUUUGUGGUUCCUGUAAAAUGGCUUUUUCCUUCUUCUUCUUUUUUUUUUUUUUUUUUCAUGUAAUCUCUACAUUUUAUUGUGAUCAUAAAUGCGGGCCACGGUUAAACACCCCAGGAAGAUCUCACC